GUACGUCCUUCGUCUUCCUGCAGUGAUCGACAGCCACGUUUCCGCUAUUUUCCGAUCAUCAACAAAAGACCAACGUCCUCUUCCUUCUCUAUUCACGUCCCUGCCCUUCCGAUCGAACCGAUAAACGUAUCGUACAAAGCGUACUAAACGCGCACCCUCUUCCCCGUACCUGUCCACUUUUGAAACUUCUUCUUCUUCUUCUUCUUCUUCGAACGGAAGUAGCAUUUUACCGGAAGUUGAACGAGAAGAGUCUGUGGUGCGAACGGGAGGGAAAGGAAGUCGAGAUCGGAAGAAAUCUCACGAAUGCUGUGAUUCGUUCGAGCGACUUGAUCGACCGAUAAAUGGGCAACGGAGUGAUUCCAUUGAUGGUGGUGGCGAUGGUGCCCAUCAUCACGGGUACCAUUGGCCAGCGUGCUUUGAACAAGAGGAACGCAGCGACGGGCCUCGAUUACCCCGACUAUUCGACCAACUACGACGAGUAUCCGGUGGUGGUGCCGAAGAGGGCGGCCCUUUUGUUCGACCAGCUGAUGGUCGCGUUGCAGAAGGUGGUCGACAAUCAGGACAGAGGGGAACUCGGUGGCAGCAGAACGUUCACGAGAUCCUCCGGACCUCAUCUGUCGGCUGGCAACGCGCCGAUUGUUCCUUCGGCGGACGAACAAACGGUGAAGAUGGAUCUUCAACGACGCGGACAGGCAAAAGGACGAGUUUACUGGCGUUGUUACUUCAACGCUGUGACAUGCUUCAAGAGAAAGUGAUAACGAACCGGUGUAACCAAUCUCUUAUCGUGACUUCGAAACCCGACUCGACCACGAGAUUCCUCGCAUGCUUUUCCCGUUCAAAAAACAAAUAAAUUGCACACACGGGACGAAUUACACCCAAAGUCCAACAACAGUGAUUCUUCUACUUAAUCAUUUUCAUUUUCUUUUUUCUUUGUCUUUCUUACGAGUCGGGAAUUUACCAUUUCUCUCCCAAGUCUACGGAUAACACCUUCUUUCAUCUAGCACGUGUAACGAUCUUCCUUUCUCUCGAAACGUCGACGACUGCUAGAGCAACGGAUCUACGAAACAUUGUGUCAACUAUUUAUCUCUCUAACUUAUAAAACGAUCGGCAUACGAUUAAACGUACCUACUCGAAUGAAAUAAUCGCAUCAACGCAACAAGAAAUCCUCGACUAAGAAUUCUGCGACCCCCUCAUUUACCGUGCAACGAGAAACGGGUAAACGUCCUGAAUAAUCCUAUCCUCGUCGUUUCCUGAAUUUUUGCGAAAAGUACGCCGAUCGUAACGGACGAAAGAACGCUACCUUGAAAUUCUUUCAACCAAGAUACGCUUUCCAUUUUCGAACGGUAAAUCCGAACAGAGACCGAUCGAUUGUACCGUUUGAUUUGUUCCAAU